CUUACCCUGCGCCAUUACCUUGAUGUGAAAAUCAAGAACCAUCGAAGAGCCCUAACCUGGAUUCUGUUGUUGACCCACAGCCUGGCAAUAGAGAGGCUUCAUUGGAGAGAACUUGGAAGACUGAAACUUGAACGUCAGUACCACAAAUGCCGAUUCUGUAGGAUUGCGGUAGAGUCACUGGAACAUGCCAUACUUGAGUGCAAUUCGUCGCAA